GUUCCAUAAACAUAACCUCCAAUGUUAUUUUGUUUUGCGAAGGUUUAAAUUCUUCGUUUUUUACAACAAAUAGUUAAUAAUGGCAAAUGUUGCUUUAAGUGAAGCAGAAAAGACGUUCAUUUUGCACGGUGUGGAGGAAGAUUUUCGCUGUGAUGGCCGUUCCCGCCGUGAUUAUAGACCCAUGGAAUUGGAAUGUGAAAUGGUUAACAAUGCCAGUGGUUCGGCAAGAUUACGAUUAGCAAACACAGAUAUUCUGGUAGGAGUGAAAUGUGAAAUUGACACGCCGUCAUCGAUGCACCCGCAUCAUGGGAAAAUCGAAUUUUUUGUAGACUGUUCAGCAAAUGCCACUCCCGAAUUUGAGGGUAGAGGAGGUGAAGAUUUAGCCCUGGAAUUGGCUGAUACAUUGGCCAAUGCUUAUGAAUCUCCUUUGGCAUUUGACUUAAAAUCUUUAUGCAUUCUUCCGGGACAACAUUGCUGGAAGUUAUAUGUGGAUAUUUUGAUUUUGGAAUGUGGCGGUAAUCUCUUUGAUGCCGUCUCAUUGGCGGCCAAAGCUGCUCUAUUCAACACUAGAAUACCUAAAGUGACUGCAGCCGUUAUGGAUGCUGGAGAGGCAGAUUUACUGAUUUCCGAUGAUCCCUACAAUUGUACACGCGUACAAAUUGACAAUAUACCCAUAUUAGUUACAGUUUGUAAAAUAGGCGAUUGUUGUGUUGUAGAUCCGUCGGCAGAGGAAGAGCAGUGUAGCACCGCAAGUUUAGUGGUGGCUGUUUCCAAAAGAAACGACAAAUGUUAUGUAUCCCAUACCCAUACGGUCGGCGGUGGCUCAUUGCACAAAGACACCAUGUAUAAAUGUUUACAUUUGGGAGUUACAGCUGGUGAACAUCUCAAUGAAGCUUUGGAAAAGGCCUUGCGUUUGGAGGAAUCCAAGUUGGGGGGCAAAAGAAAAGAAACUGUGGGAUUUUUAAAAUAGUUCCAGAUUACUUGAUUAGUUUUGAAUUUAUUAUCGUUUGAUCUAGUUUUCUUUAUAUUAUAAUAAAAGAGAAUACGUAUGUACGUAGAUAGUGUAACAUAAAUGUUUUUGAUAUUUUUAUGCAUCGAAACGUAAUAAAACUAAAAGUCUAUUCUACAACCCCCUUAUGAACUAA